AUGAGGAUCUCACUGAAGGAUGAGAAGUUCUUCAGAGGUAUGCUGAGCAUAUUUAAUAAGAAAGAUGACAUCAAGUUUGAAGUAAAGCAAGGGACUAUCUCUAUUUCUUCAUAUGGACAAAGUAAUUUUUAUCUGACGAUGAAUGACGAUGUGUUUAUGGUUAAUGGAGAUGACUUGACAUUUACCGUAAAAGCACAGCACCUGCUUGAAGGUAUGGAUGUUCUGGGCAAAUGCGAUCUUGCUGUUGAAGAGGAGGUUAGGCUUAUAGACGGUAGAAACACUAUAUUUAUUCCCUUUGUAACCACAAUGGAAGGAGAAUAUGAGGAGCCUGAUGCACCUAUUGCGAAGCUUAUUGUAGGUUCUGAGAGUUUAGAUGCGCUUGGGGUACUAAAAGGAAUAGUUACGUACGAGAUUGAAGAGGACAGGUUGUUUAUCAGAAAGGCUGGAGCCGAUUUGCUCGAGGAGAUUGAGUUUUUCGCAGUUGAUUUCAUUACGGCGGGAGAUAUGCAGUUCAAAUGCAAUAACAAGUGGACUGAUGCUUUAGAGAGGAUCAAGGGAUAUGUUGAUAGAAUAAUGCUUACGUUUAGCUUGAAUGCCUUAUAUGCCCAAUUUCUAUUUAAGAGAAAUCCUAGGAGCUAUCUUGAGCUAAGGGUUUUGCGAUCCCUUGUGGAAUGA